AUGGUUACAAUUUUAUCACUUCCUUUUGAACUACACCUUGCUAUAUCAUGCUAUUUAACGCCAGAUGACCGUCAGGCUCUGAGUCAUACAUGCUCUUCACUCUUGGAUGCAUAUCGGCCAGCUGUCUAUUCUAAUUGUUCCAAUGUCGGGUGCAAAUCGGCACGAAUUCCAAUUAGAAAACAAGUCCCUUAUCCCAUUAUUUUGAAUCCAGGCAAAGCAUCUUGGUUUUUCAGCGAGCAUGUACAAAGUUUAAAGAUUUCUAUGCCUGAAGUUUCUAAAGAAUACGAUUUUUUCAAUGGUUUUGUUCUUUCUGUAGAGGACUAUCCUAAUCUUCAGACAUUAUAUUUUGACCCGUCAAUAAUACUUUUAGAAAAUCUGAUAAAUAGCAACUUUGUUAAAGGACUUUUUGAGUUUCAAAGAAAAAAACCAGAAUGUGAUAUUGGUUUGAUUUUCAAUAUUAAAGCAAACGGAUUAUCUAUUUUAAGUUCGCCAUCUUCUCCUUUAAACUUUGCAAAUAUUAAAAAUUUAGCAUUUUCAAGUAAUAAACUGAUAGUUCCAGAUGGAACAUCAUUUCCUUCUUUAGAAUGUUUUGAUUUAUACAAUCACUUACCACUUGCAAAAUUCAAUCACAGUUUAAAUACAUUUGAGAUUCCAUUGCUAAAUGCGAUUGCAAAAUCUCAAAACCUUAAACAUGUCUAUAUCGAUGGCCUUGUCAAUACUCAAAAACAAGUUGAUGAUUUUUUAAUAUUUGGAGUCUUGAAACUGCCAUCUAACUUGAAACACUGUCGGUUAAUGUUGACUAAAGAUGUCUUUGAUUGGGAAGAUGAAAAUAACGACAAUGAUGACCAAUUGAGUGCAUCUAAAACUAUACUGGUUCCUCAAAUAACAAUGCUAAGUACAGAUUUUGUUUUGUCAGAAUCAAAAAUAUUUCUUUUUCCAAGAGCUGAGGUUGUGCGUCUUGUUUUUAAAAUCCGUCACGAGUUUAUUCCUAAUCUGUAUAAGUCUAUUCUAGUUGACAUCUCCAAAUUAAGCAUCUCGUUUAGUGUUUAUAGCUUAGAUUCGAUGGCUAACUUUGUUAAUACACUUUUGCAUAUGAAAAAUCUACAGCAUCUAAAAAUCAAGUUGGAUGUAAUGUGGAACGCGUUUAAUAUGAACAAUUUAGCUCUAGAUUUAUUUGACGGAGCAUUGAAAAUCGUUGACGGAUUAAAAGUGCUCCCACCCUUUUUAGAAGGACCAAAGCUGCAGUAUGAAAUUAAAAAACUGGUACCGCCUCAAUACGAGAUAUAUUUGGAUUUAUUUAUUAAUUUAUAUGAGGAUCCCUUGUCAUUAUUACCCCUGGUUCGUAAUUUCCACAAUGAAUCUCACAACUACUUGCUCUCAAUAAUGAUUUUGCAAGAGGCUUUGUUCACUGUCAUAUCUAAAGUUAAAACGCUACAAUUAUUUUCUUUUCAAAUUAAAGAAUCAUAUGCAUUUGAAACCGAGUUGUUAGUGAUGUCUGUUAUGCCACCUUACCGCCAGAUUCCUAACUAUGCUCUCCAAAAGCUACUUGGUCCAUUCAGAUCUUGUUCCAACUUGAAGCAAGUAUUGCUUCAUUAUUCUUCUUUUUUUGAUCAUAUAAUUCCUAAAAGUUUGAUGAAGGUUGAAGAAGGUCUUAGUGAAAGCUAUGGAAUUUUUGCUGAUAAAAAUAAGGUAAAGAUUUCUAAUUGCUGUACGAUUAUUCCUCAGCCAUGUAAGAUACAUAUUGAGUCAGAAAUCUCAUACUACUACAUAAUCUUGGGUUUUGAUUAUUCUUAUUACGGUGAUAACUGGAAGGGAAAGAAAUUUAUUGUUUCAAACAGUAUAAACGAUUUACUGGAAGAAACUUAUGAUAUUGAUAUUAGUGACUUAGAUGCUAGGGACAUUGGCUUGUCUUGA